GUCACUUAAUUGAUGGUAAAGUAAAGACUAAAGAGCAUAGAUUCCUUGGAGGUAACGAAAGAACAAAUAAAUUCCCCAAGUUAACCCUUAUAAAAAACACUUAGAAGAAUCUCAUUAUUCCACAGAACAAAACUGAGAAUAUUCUAUUAUCCUCUUUAUAUCUUGUUAGGAAAUCGGGUAUACUUCCACUCAAAUCAGGAUAUCUGCCUCAUCAAGCAUAUUCCCUCAUAUUCCCGCGCAUUUUACUUAUCUUAUUUCCCCAUUUAAUUUACGUAGUAAUAAUCUAACUAAUUAUUCCUUCAAAAAAAAAAAAAAAAUCUACCUAAGUAAUACCUUCCUUAAUUAAACCGUCUAUUUUACACCCUUGGAUUAGAUUGUCACACCUCAUCCAACGAUUCAGAAUAACCCUCAGAAUAUCAAAAUAUUCUACAGUAUAUUCCUUAGGGAAAGUUUUCGAAGUAUAAAUACUUGGGACCUUUAGAUUUAUUACCCACAAACAAAAAAAAAUCUAUCAAUUCUUCAAAGUUUCUGAGUUUGUUCUUGGUAAUUUUUGUAAGCAAUGGAGGGAUUAAUGGUGGUUUUCGACUUCGAUAAAACGAUUAUCGACUGUGAUAGUGAUAAUUGGGUUGUUGAUGAAUUGGGUUAUACACAACUCUUCGAUCAACUCGUAAAAAUCAUUCCUUGGAACACUAUGAUGGAUACAUUGAUGAAAGAAAUGCAUACACAAGGCGUAACAAUCGAUGAUAUUGCACGAGUCUUGAAAAGAGUUCCGAUUCAUCCUCGUGUCGUUCCCGCAAUCAAAGCCGCCCACGCUGCAGGGUGUGAUUUGAGAAUUGUAAGUGACGCAAAUAUGUUCUUCAUCGAGACCAUACUAGAUCAUCUUGGGUUGAAGGAUUGUUUCUCGGAGAUUAACACGAAUCCGGGUUAUGUUGAUGGAGAAGGAAGAUUAAGGAUUUUGCCGAUACACGAUUUUACUAAAUCUCCUCAUGGAUGCAGUAACCCCUGCCCUCCAAACAUGUGCAAGGGUUUAGUGAUAAAAAGGCUAUUAUGUGAACAUGGAAACAAUAAGUUCAUCUAUUUAGGAGAUGGAAUUGGAGAUUAUUGCGCUUCCUUAAGGCUAAGAGAAGAAGACCAUGUUAUGCCAAGGUUCAACUUUCCAGCAUAUGAUAUGAUCUCAAGUAAUCCAAUGCUUAUCAAAGCCAAGAUCCAUGGAUGGGCCGACGGCGGCGAUCUCGAGCGGGUUCUAUUGGCUCUCAUCCAAGAUAAUAUCAACUGUGGAGAUGAUUAUAAUGUUGAUCAAUUAUUCAAACUUGAUUGCAAGCUUGAGAUUUUGCCUGUUACUUCUGAUAUAGAGUUGCGGCCUAAGGUUCUAUGUGUUCCUUUUUAGAAAGUAGCUAAUUUCUGUAAUACUUUUGAAAAAAGGUGAAAGAAUAGUUGAAUAUAAUUUUUGUUUGGUAAAAUCAAAAGAUUCAAAACUUAGAGAAAUUGUUUAAGGUUUUGAUCUGAUGUUUAUGUAAUUAACCUUUGUUGCUCAAUUGAGCAAUUUAUUCAAUGGAUGAAAUUGUAUUUUUAGUGACA